AUGACAUUUCCACUCAGAUGUCUAAUGAAGAAAUCAGAACCAUGGAUGUGGACAGCUGCUUGUGAAUCUGCAUUUCUAAAACUCAAAUCGGAACUCUGCAGUGACAGAGUGAUAAUUCCAUUCGACCCUAACCUAAACCUCAUCCUGACAACGGAUGCUAGUCCUACAGGUGUCGCAGCUGUACUAAGUCAUGAAAUCGAAGGAGUUGAACAUCCGAUAGCAUACGCGUCUCGUUCUUUGAAUCCGAGUGAAAUGAACUAUAGUCAACUUGAUCGAGAGGCAUUGGCGAUAAUCUUUGGUGUGAACCAUUUCUACAACUACCUACUUGGCAAGAAGUUCAUUUUAGUUACAGACAAUGAACCAUUGACAAGGAUUUUUCACCAAAAUAAAGCUCUACCACAGAUGACGUCAGCUCGCCUACUGCGAUACGCUUCAUUCCUCUCCGGAUUUGAUUACAUCGUUCGAUUCAAGAAGGGAAGUAGCAAUCAAAAUGUAGAUUGUUUAUCAAGACCUCCAGUCAAAACAUGCAGUAGUUCAACAGAUCAAGAAAUCGGGGAAGAAGUGAACCAGCUUUAUUCUCAAUCACUUUUUCAAGUAUCCAACCGUGAAAUAACUUCAAAGACAAUCAAAGAAGAAACCGCAAAAGACCAUGAAAUGAAUGGAAUAGUUCAAACCCUGAAAAACAAUUCUACUGACUCAGAAUACACCCUACUUGACGGUAUAUUGUUUCGAAAAGACAGAAUUGUAAUUCCAACAUCUUUACGCUCCAAAAUACUCAGUGAACUUCAUGAAACUCAUCUGGGAAUAACCAAAAUGAAGCAACUCGCUCGACGCUAUGUUUACUGGUCAGGAAUUGACGGUGAAAUCGAAAGACUAGUUAAAGGAUGUAAAAGUUGUGCCCUAGUGAAAGCAAGUCCACCUAAAGUGUCAGUACAUCCGUGGAACCUACCUGAAAAUAACUGGGACCGCAUACAUAUAGAUUAUGCCGGCCCUUAUGAAAAUCACUACUUUCUUGUUUGUAUUGACGCAAGAUCCAAAUGGGCUGAAAUCGAAGUGUUGAAGGAAGCUCCCACAUCUUCAAACACAAUCAAUCUGUUAAACAAGAUAUUUGCUACACAUGGGUAUCCGAAAGAAUGCGUUUCUGAUAAUGCUAAAAUAUUUAGAAGUGAAGAAUUCAGAGCUUACUGCAAGAUCAACGGCAUAUUCCAAAAGUUCAUCGCCCCUGGGCAUCCAGCGACAAAUGGCCUUGCAGAACGCAACGUACAAACCCUGAAGAACAAAUUAAAGUCAGCUUCUGAAGAACCUGGAACCCUGACAGACAAAGUGAGAAGAAUCUUAUUCCGUUAUAGAGCUACUCCAUUAGCUAGCAACCAAACCCCUGCUGAACUCUACCUCAAUAGAAAACUAAGGAUUCGACUGGAUGCCAUAUUUCCUUAUCAACACCCUAAAUCAAAUAUCCAGCCUGUUUUAAAACCUGUCAGAUCGAUUCAAGAGGGGGAGAGAGUGCAAAUUCAAAUGUACACUAACAACAGACAAGUUUGGCAGUUUGGAGUAAUAAAGAAGAAGCUAGGAAAAAGACAUUACAUAGUAACACUCGAUAGUGGAAGAAAUAUCAAGAGACACAUUAACCAGCUUAGACCAACUCUAGUAAUGAAAGAAAAGAUGGUAACAUUUGGACCCAAGCAAUCAUUUGAUGUACCAAGACUUCCAAACCAAACUCCAUCGUAUCCUGAUCAAAUACCCGACCAUAUUGAACCAGAACCAGACCACCCUACAGAAGUUAACAUUCCAGUUCGCUCUCCACGACCAAUAAGACAACGACGACAGCCACCUUGGUUACGAGACUUUAUCGUUCAAAAAUAG